AUGGCCGAUCUUAUUGCCUUCCAGACAUACCAUCAUAAUAAUCUAUUACCCCCGUCGACCUCGACCAUGAUUCCGCGCCAUGCCCACAAGCGGUCGCUCUCCUCCGAGCACCGCGGCCUCUCCCCCGACAAAACCGUGACCAAAGCCAAAUCUACUACAGACCUAAGUGAAACGCUUUCGAGACACACUCCCUCCUCUCAAUUGCAUCGAUUUGAGGAAGAUGGGUUCAACACCUUGCAGGACCCUCGGCUGGCCGCGAAAACCGAGGUUUCACGGGCGACGUCAUCAACCCAUCACCCUGACUUGAGCAACGAGGUCGCUGCCUUAAGUGUGAAACUGAUUCAGGCUAUCAAUAACCAGACCCACCUAGACGACAGUCUCGCAACUGCGCGUCAGGAACUAGAGGUGGCUCAGGGUAAGAUACAAGCCCUGGAGUUUCAGAAUGAGAAGUAUCGGCGCGACAUCGACACGAAGGUCUACAUUAAAAAGUCCGAUUCAGAUCGAGAGAUCUUACAGUUGAGAACGGCCCUCGCGGAGGAAAGAGCGCAACGAGCUUUGGUAGAGAAAGGCAAGAAAACAAUUGAGCAGGAACUUGAGACCCUCACUGCAGAUCUUUUCGAGGAGGCCAACAAGAUGGUAGCUGCAGCUCAAAUCGAACGGGAGGCAGUUGAGAAGAAGAACGAGCAAUUACGAUCUCAAGUCAAAGACACUGAGUUGCUCCUCGCAUCGCAUCAAGACCAGCUGGCAGAGCUCAAGUCGGUCAUGCAAGGGAUGCACGUAUCCAGAGACGAUGUAGAGUCCCGCACUGCCUCAACGGCGCCUUCAUCGCCGUCUGGGCAACCUAAAAUGCAAGGGGCUGCGAACCAAGAACCCGAAUCGAACUAUGCUGUCAUGACCCCGUGCAACCCCGUGGACUACGUUCCGGGCCCUUCGUGUAAUUUCCCCGAGAUUAUACGGAUGGUUUGUCGAAGCGAUCUACAGGCCUGCGAUGAUUUUCGGGAGCUCAUGACGGUUUCCCGGGGCUCUAAACCACCGAGUCGUGCCGGUAGUGGGUCAUAUGCCGGCCUGAACGUCAUGAGCCUUGCCGGGUUUGGCUCAGGAGCAGCCUCUGCUAACAAUUCGCCUACUAAGGGAGUCACUCAUUCUCCGAAUGGGAGCCUCUCAUCUCAAUUUGGCUCACAUAUUCCAUUGAAAGACACCCGGUUUUACAAGCGAGUGCUCAUGGAAGACAUUGAGCCCACAUUACGACUUGACUUGGCCCCUGGAAUCUCAUGGCUUACCCGCCGUACUGUUCUAAGUGGUAUUUGUGAGGGCACUUUGGUUGUGGAACCCAUACCGACGAUUGGAAAGAAAUACGAUUUUCCCUGUACAGUCUGUGGCGAACGCAGACCCGGUCCUCAAAAUGAGCGGACUCAUCGCUUCCGAACAUCUGAAAGUGAGACGGCCCAGCGCUACUCGCUAUGCCUUCAGUGCUUGGAGCGCAUUCGCUCAUGUUGUGAGUUCACCGGCUAUUUACGACUAAUUCUUGAUGGACAUCUCAAGGCUGGUGAUGUAGCAGAAGAAAGAGAUAUAUGGGAUGAAACAGUUCGGCUAAGGGAGCGAAUGUUCUGGUCGCGAGUCGCAGGAGGCCUCCUUCCUCUGGUAAACCAAGCCGCUGGAACCGAAGUGCGGACAGAACUCGACGAUUCUCAUGGAAACACCAAUGAAGAAAGCUUGGCAAUUGAAACUUCUCCUGAAACUUCUCACUCCACACACGAAGCUCCGGUUCGCCAUAACGAACAUGGGCUGAAGGCUUCAUCUGAGUCUACUAAAAGCCAGCGGGACUCCAGCGUCUUUGCCCCUUCUCUUCCUGACUUUGAUCUUCCUACGUCUUCAACGCCGGGCUUGCAAAACCACGAACACCACGAAGCUGAAGACUCUGCCUCGGAUUUUGAUGCGAGACGAGCUUCUAUCGAUUCGGAUCUGUCUGUUUACGAGGAGGCUGAAGAAGCUAAUACUAAUGUGGAGCCUGAAUAUGUGGAAACUGACAAUGUUCAAACUCCUACUGUUCAAGAAGCUCAAGAAAUAACAGAAGCCUCAACGAAAUCAUUGGAUGAAUCAUCUUCCGGUCCAACUCUUCAAUAA